CUAGGCCUAGAUUCUUGAGUUUGUUGUAGGAGGCGGCUGCUUCAAAUCUACAUGAUCGUAAUUUUCAAAAGGAUUGUUUUUGAUUUCCAGAUUAAAAAUAUUGAUGCAUAUGAAGAUAGCCCUAACUUAUGUGUCAUAGCAAGUUGCCAUGAGUGUAAAUAUAAGCUUCGAUGACACACCUAUGGGCUCAAUAUAUUUUGAUGGCCCCAUUGAUGACAGAGAGGAAGAACUGGAGAGGGAGCGAGAGCUAGAAGCUCAGGAGAUUCGUCGUGCCUUAGAAGAAGAAUUAGGAGACUUUGUUGAUGAUUUUUCAUAUUCGGAUGAAUCGGAAGAUGAAAAUUAUGACUCAAAUCACCCAAGCAGGAAUGUCUCACAGACUGAAGGAGAUACCAGCCAGUUCUUAGCCUUGCCCUCACAACAACCUGUUCCAUCAUCCCCCUUGUCUAAUGCCAGAUGGAAAUCUCAUUCCAUACCAGAGGGUCUCCACCAUGACGGUUACAACUACACCCCUGCUGCCCACCGCCACAACGGCGCAAAUAACAUUGAGGAGCUUAAGGCAGAGCCUCGCACAAUCAGUGGCUCGGUGGAUAAUUUAACCAGUGUUGGAGCAAAUCACAAUUUUUCUGGUGGCGGUGAAUUUGGUUAUAACUCGUUACCUCAGCAUGCAGUUGUGCCUAGGCAACAUGGACAGUUUCAACAAGAUAGAAGCAAUGGUCAUGGACAAUUUCAACAGGAUAGAAACAAUGGUGCAAACUAUUCACAGGAUAGCACGAAAAAUGUUUUUAUGCCGCCUGAAAAUGGACACACGCAACAAACAUCAUUUGAACCACGCUAUCCAAAACAGAGCAAUCAAAAUCAAGCUGAGCCUAAGGGUGACACCUACAGUAACUACACUGUGGUUUACAACAAGAAACAUGCACCAGAACACGGGGAGGAGGAGUUUUAUUUACCUACUGACCAGAUCAAGUUCUUUCAGAAAGAUAAGCCAGAAGAUGUACGAACGUACGAGCAGCUGACCAUUCUGUACAAGGCGAGGGGGAGAGAGAUUGAAGAACUGACGCACAAACUAGAGGAGAAAGAUGAAGAGAUGGGGAAAGAGAUCCGGUCACUGAAGCACAGGCUGGCCCUAGCUACAGGUGAAGCUGAAGGUGCCAGAGAAAGUCUCAGACACUGCCAGGCCUUACUGCAGCAAGCCAAGACUGAAAACACUAACGCCAAUGGGAAAAUCAGAGCUCUCGAGUCUCAAGUUUCUUCGCUACGGGACACUAAGGAGGAGCUGAUAAAAAAACUUCAGACGGCCGAGUCGACCAUCGAGAACUUGUCCCACCACAUUGAUGACCUGCAGGCCUCGGAGUCCCUGAGCAGAGCCAGGCACGAACAUGAGUCUGUCAUCUCCAGUCUGACGCAGCGCUACGAGAGGGAGGUGCUGGGCUUGAAGGAAAAGAUGGAUGGGAUCAAGGCCGCGCUAGAGAGCAGGCAAGACGAGGUUGUGUAUCUAAAGAAACAGCUGGCUGACACAAGCCAGGAGCUGGAGAGGGCCCAGGUGUCACGAGGGGAAACCAUCAACAGGCUGUCUCGGAGUCUGGAGGAGAGCCAGAGGCAGUGCCAGGCAUUGUUGGAACACUCAUCUAGCCAUGAAAUCAGCACACUCAAAGCCCAGCUACAACAAAGUUUGGCAUCAAAACAAAUAUCUGAUGAUCUCUGUCGUUCUUUCCAGGAUGAAGUGAAGGAACUAAAGGAGCAACUGUGCAUGCUUGAGUCAGCUUCUAGUCUGGGUGUCUUCACAGCCAGCCAUGUGCCAGCUUCUCAUGAUGAUUCUAUGACGGAUCUCGGCAUUAGAAAAACUCUCGACUUCAGCACACCCCAGUCCAUGGACAAAUAUCUAGACAACAAGAGUACAGAGGAUCUCAUAAGAUCCCUCAAACAGGAACUGGAAAAGUGUAUACACAGCAACAAACAGAAGAGGGCAGAGGUCACCGAGCGCACACAGGAGGUCAGGUUCCUGCGAGAGAAGCUGGAGGAAACAGAGAGGAGAUCUGAUUCUCUUGAGAGGACUUGUGCUGAACAAAAGAAACGCUUACAAGAGAUUGAUAGUUUAACCAGUGAACAAAAUGGUGUAGGUAUUAUAGAAGCCAAGCUGAAGAAGGAUAUUGAUGUACUUAAGAGGGAAAAGUCUGUUCUUCUAGAGGAUAUAGAGGACUACAAGAAACGUCUGGAAGAGCUCGGCGCCAGCGAGGCCAAACUGACAGAAAUCAACUCCGAGCUGAGCCAGCAGAUCUCCCAGAUGGUCACAGACUUUGAUGCAGACAAGCACUCGGCGCUGGAGAGGUGCCAGAGGACCAUGGAAGAGGUCAACAGGAUGACCAUAGAAAACCUGCGUGCAGAGCUAGAGGAGAAGCAUAGCAUGGAGAGGUCAGUGUUAGCUGAUCAGUACAAGCAAGAGAUACAGACAUUGAGACAGGAUCUGAAAUCUGCACUGACUGAUCUUGACAAGGUCAAGGCUAUGUAUGUCAGCUUGUGUGAGGAGACAAGAGUACAAGAAGAGGAACUGAAAGCCAAGUUAGAUAAGCAGUUGGAAGAACAACUUCAGAAGCUGAAAGAUGAGCAUCAUAAAGAAAAGGAGAUGUGGGACAGGGCACAGAAGGACGAAUCAACCAAAGCUGCUGAUGUAGAGUCACUGCGGGAAAAAAUUGUUGCAGAAUUGAAAGCAGAUUUUGAAAGAGAGAUGGAACUUAAGGUUCUGGAAGUGAAACUAAAGUGCCAGGAAACACACCCAGGUAUGAUAGCUGCAGCUGUGACUGAGGCAAGGCAGGUCUGGUUGGCUGGAACAGAGAGAGAUUCAAAGCUUCAGGAUUUAAAAGAGAAAUACGAAACACAAAUUGAGGACUUGAAGCUCCAGCAUAGAAAAGAGUCUGAGAAUUCAUUGAAGAACCGAGAAGAAAAGUUUCAGAAUGAGCUUAGGUAUUUUCUCAAAGAGAGGGAGGAUCGUGCAAAAGUUAACCUGGAAAAUGCCUUGAAAGAAUGUGAGAGCAAAGUAAAAAUGGAAAUGGAAAAAGUUAUGAAAGAUAAAGAGGCAUUAUCUAAAAUGGAAAUGGAAAAAGUGAUGAAAGAUAAAGAGGCAUUAGCUAAAAUGGAAAUGGAAAAGAUCUUGAAAGAAACUGAGACCAAAACAAAAGUGGAAUUAGAAAAGGCUUUAAAUGAAAAAGAUUUGAAUUCAAAAAUAGAAUUAGACAAGGCAUUGAGAGAACAAGAACUGAUUUUAAAAGCAGAAUUAGGAAAGGUGUUGAAAGAAAAAGAAGCAAUUCAAACAGAACUAGAGAAAAUUAAAAACAGCUAUGAAGAAAAAUAUAAAUUUGAAUUAAACAAGGCAGUAAAGGAAUGCGAAAAAAAUGUACGAGAAGAAAUGAAAUUUUUUUGUGAAAAUUUAAAGUCUGAACAUGCUAAAGAGAUUGAAAAACUCACCAAAGAAAAGGAAGAAUCGAAGCAAGGGAUGGUAGCAAAGAAAAAUCUGUUGAAUGCUUUAGAAAGAGAAAGAAUGAUUGAAGAAGAGGUUGCGGAACGUGUGAAAAAAGAAGUUGAAAAGCUGAAAGUGAAUAAUGACGAGGUUGAGAAGAAAGUCACAGAACGCAUGCAAGUAUUGCGGCUAGCUUGGUUAAAAGAGGCAAAAGAUUAUAUCCAAAAAGAGAUCCAGCAAGGUGUCGAAGAGGGGGUGGGAGAGGAAAGAAAGAAAAUGAAGGAAGAAAUUGAUAAGAAUAAAGAAACUAUGGAGAAGAAUAACAACGAGGAAGUGGAAAGAAAAGUUGAGGAAAAAAUCGCGGUGGAAUUUAGUAAUCUGAAAAAGAAAUUUGUGAGUCAGUUGAAUGAGCAGGUGUUGAAAGAGAAGAGCAGGUUAGAACAGGAAGUCUUGGCAUGGCGGGAUGAAGCCAAGAGAAAAAUGGAAGCAAGUUUUGCCAGUAAGCUUGCGGCCAGCUUAGAGGAAAGAUUGAGAGAGGAGAAAAAGAGAAUGGAGGAUGGGACUAGAGAAAUACAGGAGGAAGAGGUGAGGAGAAUGAGAGAGGAAAUGAGUGAUGAAAUGAGGAAGUAUAUACAGAGACAGAGAAUUGAAUGGGAGGAGGAGGUGGAGAGUGAGAGGAGGGAGGUGAAGCAGAGAGAGGCUGUGUUUGCUGAGAGGAUGAAAUCUGAAGUUGAGGCGAGGUCAAAGGCCUGCUUUGAGCGUGACGAGGCUGUCAAGGUCAUCAAAGCCCUAGAGCACUCCUACAGAGAGGAGAAACAGAGGUUGACCUCCAGCAUUGAGUUCUGUAGAGAACAGUUGGAGAUUUCCAAAAGAGAACAUGCUGACCUGGUGGAGAAGUUCAAGGAAAUUGAUCAGCGUCACAAAACUGCCAUGAAAGAUGCCAAGAUUCUGCUAGCUAGAAAGCUGGACGAGCAGAGAGAGAAACAUGAGGCGGAGAAAGACCACAUCAACUCCAUCUGGAAGGUCAAGGCCAGGGACCUUGUCGAUGACCACCAGGCUGCCCUGGACAGUUUAAAAAAAGAGCUGAUGAGGUCAAGGUCACAUCAGAAAGAUUUUGUUUCAUCAUUUUCCACGAUGAAGGCUGAGAUCUACAAGCAGAAGGCCAACACUGUUGAAGAGUUUAGUUCCAAGUGUAAGACAAAGAUCAGAGCUCUUCUGUGUGGUGAAGUAGACGAUUGCACGAUCAAAGCUGUAGAGCAGGCAAUGGACAUCGUGGCACGAAGGAUCAUUUCAAAUAUAUCCACAUCCGACUCUGCACCUUCCACGCCUAGAUCCAACUAUGAUAACCUAGGGGAACACCCCAACCCAGAAGAGCACUCAGAAAAAACAAAAACAGAAACUAUGAAGCGGAACAAAUCCAACGUAACGGAUCAUCAGGCUGAGCACCCACAUAGUCCACAACCCAAGGACAACACCUCGGGGAAUAAUCGUGAGCACCCACGAUUGGAUAACGUUGUUCUGUUUGAGGACACUUUCUACCACACACCAUCCAGUUCUAACCAGUCAUCACCAGCAGCCCAUGCAAGGACAAGAGCCAGAACCAGACAUCACAUAGACCUACCAAAAACUCCAUGCCUCUCCCCUGCUCAUUUGUCCCCAUCAAGAACAUCAGCAUCGCAUCCAGAAAACCCUAAAACAUCUCCUCGUGCUGAUAUGAAACUUUUAGAAGCCAAGGUAAGAAUUGCUAACUGGGCUCGCAGUGGAGAAACACCCUGGAAAUCUUCAAUGGAGGAGUUAACAAAGGACCCAGAUUUUAAUUCCUACACCAGUUUAAGUGAGGUUCAUAGGAAUUUUACCGGCACUUCAGAAAAUAACGGAAAAUUUUCUGGAGUUAAAGAUCGGAAUAAGAAUGUAGGAGGAAGCAAUGAUAGUGAGAGAUUUGUGGAUGAGGAAGGUUUUGUAAAACCAGGCUCUGGUGAAGAGAGGUGGCUCCGAAUGAACAGAGAGAAGCAGACGUCAACCAGAACGACUGGCCAAAGUGCUUUGGAACUCUACAGAAAUGUGUGGGAUAAGACAGAUGAUUCAUCUGUGGCUAGCAACGACAGUUUUUUCACUCUGGAGCCUGAGCACACCACCCAGGCUCACUCUCAUUAUGAAGGGCAUUCCUAUUCAGAGAGUAGUAAAAAAGGGACGUCAUCUCACAUUCCGAAUCACAAGGGCAAGAGAGCUGUUGAGUUAGCCACCGUUCGUAAUGUGAACUCAUACGAAGACGAGGACCGUGAGUCUGUUAGUUCUUCUGAUACCGAGCACUACCCCUUGUUUAAGAAUCACCGGUCAAGUUCCUCUGCUAGCCCAGCACCAACAUCCACCCCGCUGUCUAAAUUAAAGCCGAAGGAUAGUUUUUCAGGUGGGGGUGAACCAAACAGAUCCAGCAACUGGAAGCAGAUUGGCUUAGGAAAUCUCAACAGGAACCAUCAGCAUCACCACACUUCCCCCUCCAAGAAAGGCAAGAUGUAUGUUCUGAAAUCAGCUGAGUUCACUUUUCCUUCUGAUAUGUCAAAGAUUACUGUCACUUCUAAUAAGGAAGAUCAAAAUUCUCUAAUCCGUUAUAAAAGUUUAGAAGACCUUCUACCUAAGAAAGAGGUUAAAUUUCAAAACGCUUUUUCAGAUGAAAUUGAGACGAACCACAGCAAACACCAAGCCCCUGUCAAAGGGAUGACCUCAACCUUCUGGGAGCAACAGAGUGACUGCAGCCCAGAGAGCCAAAACUACAGGCGUGGGGAUGUAAUCCCAGAAGGUGGUGAGAGUGAAAGGGAGGUCACUCAAUCAAGGGAAAGAACUCAUUACAAAGAAAGAAUCAACAGAAAUCCCAGAAACAGCCCUAUUGAGACCUGUAAUGCAGAACUUAGAAGCCAGUUUACUGAAUCUGAUCCUCUGUAUAAGAAGUCAUUACCUAACAAAUUUGAUACUCACAGAAUGCCAUGGCAUGUGACGGAGAACAAAGUUUCUUCAGAGCCACAGUUCAGAACAAAGAAACGACACGGUGGUUCAAAAAUUUUGAAAUCAGGUGCAGAUGCUCAUCACUUUGAUGUUUCUGAUUUCCGCAGAAGUUUAGAAAAUUUGGGUACGGAUCAUCUUUUAUACUCAACGUCUCAACAUGGAGGAGUUACUCCCCCGUCCAAAAUGAAGAGGUCCACAUCUGAACAAUCUUUGAACACGGUACACAAGACAUACAUGCUAGACGAGCAAUUUUGAAACAAAAAAUUUUUUAAAAUUAUUUUCUUUGCAUAGUUUCCAGAGCUGAUGCUGUGAUGUUUUAGUUUUCUUUCGCAUUUUGUAACCAACUAACGCAUGACAAGUCAGUAUAGAUAUUUAUAAAGUUUGUAGAUUGAUCAAUGUUAAUUAAUCUUGUACUCAGUUUCAUUUCUAAAUUAUCUGAGGGAUGAAACAAUUUAAACAUGUAAUUUAAUAUUCAAACAGGAUUCUACUUUUGAAUAAGUUGCCUAUAAAAAUUAAUAUAGAAAUACUUAAGUUUUCUAUUGAUAUAUAGAGUUACUUUACCAACUAGAUUUAUUACCAAUGUAUUUGUUGGUGGGCUGGUUAUUUUUGUAUCAUUCCGUCCAAUACUUUUAUCACCUUGAAAAACCAUAUUUUACACUGCCGUGUCUACUUAAUGAUGAAGGCCUUAAUUUUUUUGUCUUUGAGCUAAAUAGCUCUGAUGUAUGACCAGGG